AUGGAAGGUGAAACUGCCGUAGUAUCAACAGGAGAUAUCGAACAUAAACGCAAUAUAUCAUCUCCAUUCAAUCCUAAUUAUUCCCAUCAACAAUCUCGAACUACACCAACUAAUAUACAUUCAAAUACAAAUAUUAGUAUCUCGAAACGUGGACUAAGUGCAGAAGAACGACAUACUCUACCAGAAAUACCUCGUAACCCAUUAACAGCUAGUGUUGCGCAUGUUGUCUCAAGAGAACUCGGAGAAAAUUUUCUUAAAACUUCAAUACGUCCAGAAACAGUUAAAAAAUUAGUUGUAUCAGGAAACGUUGAUGAUUUUUCACAUCGUGCAUAUGUUCAACAUUUACGUGAAAUUCAAGCUAAAAGAGAAUAUCAAUUACAAAAAAUUGGGCAUGAUGAACAAGCAUUUCUAUUAGCUGAUAUUCAAGCACAUGAAAAUGAUGAUACUGAAGACAAAACACAUCUAUCAAGUUUAUAUAUUAAUGAAGAAGCAUUGACAAGAGAUCAAGUUAUAUUACCACGAGAUUUUCUUAGUUUUAAUCUUCAAAAAUAUAUUAAACAAGAAAAAGAAUCAAAAGAUGGUGAAAAGCAAGAGACUGAUACUGAUAAGAAAUUGCCUAAACUUACUCGUCAAAUGAAAUCGAAAAGUUUCAAUUCUAUAUGGAAAGAUCAAAUAAGUGUAGCAGAAAGAGAUUUUGGUCGUGGACGUUUACAAAUGAUUGAUAAUUUCACUACUUAUAAUAUUAAUCCACGAUAUGAUGAAACUCGAUCUAAUCAACUUAUCACAAAAAUACCUCCGAAUAAACCUCCUGCUCUAUUACCUGUAUUCGAAGCUAUUCCAUCUGAAAUUAUUUUUACUCGAUAUCGAGUUGGUGAUGUACAUGAAACAACACUCAAUUUAAGAAAUUUAAGUAGUGUUGCACAUAGUUGUCGAGUUAUACCACCAAAGACACCAAAUUUUUGUGUUAGUCUUUCACAAUAUCCAUCCGGUCAUUCACUUGUAGCUACUGGAUUAAGUGUAGUUUAUAAUGUUAAAUUUGCACCAGAUACAUUAGGUGUUUUUGAAGAUGAAAUUAUUGUACAAUGUUCAAAUGGAACAGAAUUUUCAGUUAAAUUAUUAGCUAAAAGACCACCACCAGUACUAACACUUCCAGCAGUAGUUGAUUGUGGAUAUUGGUUAGCUGGAGGACGUAAAAUAUGUGAAUUUAAAAUACGAAAUGAUGGUGGUGAAGGACGUUUUGCGUUAGUUCCUGCUACAUCAUGGCCAGCAGUUAAUUUUAAGGCUGUAAUUCGUAGUGAUACAGUUCAUAUACCUCCAUUUGAUAUAGCUUCUCCAACACUUGACCUUCG